GGAAUGGUGUUACUUGGGAAGAGUAACAAUCGCUUUCAGCUACGAAAUGACCGCUGUGUCGGCUGUUCCUCCUUCCUCCUCUCAGGUCACCAGAGAAAUAGACUGGGAUUACUUUAAAACACCUGACGGACAGCUAAGGACUGCCAAAGGGGUUCUGUCACUUGCUGCAAUAAUCUGUGUUUCUGAAGGUCACUGUUAUAAUGACUCCGGAAAAUUUGGUUUUUCUUUAUUCAUCGUCGUCCUUUCCCUCAUUGAGGCUAUUUUCGCCAUUGUUGUGUUUCUCAUGAAACUUGAUAAAAAAGUAGUUGCUCAUAUCAACAUUCCGCUAUCGUUAUUAAUGAACGAUGGAUUCAUGCUUCUUUUCUGUUUCGUUAUUUCAACAUUAUCAUUACUUUCAAUUGGCAUGUGUGAAUAUAUGUUAGCAGCAAGGAUAUUUGCUUCGCUUUUUAUCUUAUCAUUGUUUUUAGUGCUUGUUGGACUAGUUUAUGUAGACUACAUAUCAUGGCAAAACUUCAUUGCAAGUAAAGAAUACCGGAAAGAUGUUAAUAUGACAAUAACUGAAACAUCGCCAACUGUCUUAACUUGAUUAAAAAAAAGUGCCUUUAAAUUGAAUUGUUUAUUUUAACUAAUGAUUUAUAGCAAUAAUGUCUGCAGGAUUGACGCAUUUUAAAUAUUGUUCUUUGAAGUACAAAAGGCAUGCCAAAAAAAUGCUGUAAAUGAUGACCUCAUUGCGAGCCACCAGAAAAAGAAUUUAAAAAUGAAACAUUGAUGGUAAAUUUAUUGUUAGUAAAUCUACUUUUAACUACAACCUCAAUUUUAAAAGCUAGUGUUAAGUAUAUUUCAAAGUUAAUAUCUGUUUACUAAAAAUAUUUUCUGGUAAUAAUUAUCGCAUCAUUAUGUGUCAGUGCACCCUCAAAUAUUAAAUUUAAAAUUAGAAAAUCGAGUCCAUUAACUGUAUUUAGGUUAAAGGUGAAUGGAUUUUGCUCAAUAAGGGCUCGUACAUGAGUGAAGGUUCCUCUGAUAUUUAGUUUAUAAACAUUCACAUAAGAGCAGUUUCUCUUAUAUGUUGUUUAUAAGCAUUACUUACUUUAAAGGGAAAUCGGAUGCAGUAAGGAUGGUCCCUAAGCAACAGAAAUGUGGUUGCCAUGAUUUUACAUAAUUUUAUGUUCAAAAAAUAUAAACUGUUGAAAUUUAAAUUUUUAAUCGCAUUUAAAUAUUUUUAACACGACAAGAACAGGUCAUUGAAAAAGUUUGUUAUAUGUAUAUUAACUGUUGUUAAACUACAUCAUUAUCAUUGUCUGAAUGAAUGAUAUAUUUAAAGUUAAAUUAUUUGCACAUUCUUUAUACACAGAGUAUUUAUGUAUGUAUUUUGAUUGUAUGAUUUUAAUAAAUAUCUAUUAUCUAAAUACA